CUUCCUCGUCUUCCUUUACAGAGACGAACAGAGAGACAGAAGAGAGAGAUGGGUGCGUGUGCAUCGAGGUUUAAGGUACUGAAGGCGGAAACAAACGCGCCUGUGACGAGGGAAACCGAGCCAACUGAGACGAAGGGGAAGGAAGCCAUAGUGGUCGACGUAAAGCAAGCGGAAACUUACGGUGAAGUGGAAGGGGAGAACAGUCGCCAGUCUCUUGAGUUCCUUCUGAAAGAGGUAGAAGUAAAAGAAUCUGCUGCUCCCACGGAGCAAUCCAAAACAGAGCGUCCUGAGGAACAAGUAGACGAGAUUACAGCAAGCACCAUAACAGAUGAGAAGGCAACUACUGUGGAAAAGCCUUCAGACGCAGUGCGACCUGCAGCAAAUGUCGAAUCCAAAACGGAGACAGCUGCGCAUGUGGUCGAGCAACAUUCCAAGACGGAGCCGCCUGUGGUGGAAGUCGAGAGACCUGCAGCGGCCGCUUGCGAGAAGCCGGCCGCGGUGGCAACCAAAACCACCGUUACUGAGAACACAGCUGCGGUGACGGAAACCAAGAAAACCAGUGAAGCACGAGCGAAAGAAUCCAACACAGUCGGGAAGGUGGAAAUCAAGAACACUGUAAAGUAAUGUCAACCAUCAGCCCCAUGGAAGGAGGGCGACGUCGGAUUUGCCGGUUUCUGCAAGUGCUAAGAUUGUUUGGAGUACGCGAAGAACAUGUCAAAUUGAAUGGAUUGGCUUGAUGUUUAAUUUGGUGUAUUUUUCCUUUUGUGACUUCGAAAAAAAAAAAAAAAUCCUUUGUUGGGUUUGGCGUGUUGAGUCUUUUUAUUAUAUGAUGUCUUAGGAAUUUUGGAGUUCCUCACACAAAUUGUAUAAAUUUUCAUGUUUUUUUUUCUUUCAUUUUCUGCUUCUUUUUUUCCAAUAUAAUUAAAUGGAUUUUGGAUUUAUUUUCAAGUCCAUUCAUUGUGGUAAAAAGAAGAAAACAGUAAAAAGCCUCA